GCUCUGUCUGCCCAAUACGCAGGCGCGUCUCCUCAAGUGCUUUCCCUACCCCCUCCUCUUUCUCUUCAGUCAGUUCCCCCUCCUCUCCCAGCCGCUCCGCAGGUUCAAACUCUUCUCCCGGCGAGUGGCGGCAGUUGUGAGGUCACGUGAUGAGCAUCCUGCUGCCCAACAUGGCGGAGUUCGACACCAUCUCAGAACUGGAGGAGGAAGAAGAAGAAGCAGCAACGACGUCGUCGUCGCCGUCGUCGUCGUCGUCGUCGUCGGUAUCUGGGCCCGAUGAGGAUGAGGAAGAUGAGGAGGAGGAAGAAGAGGAGGAAGAAGAGGAGGAGGAGGAGGGGCCACCCCCGCCUCGGGUAGUGAGCGAGGAGCAUCUGCGGAGAUAUGCCCCAGACCCUGUGUUGGUGCGCGGCGCCGGCCACAUCACUGUGUUUGGAUUAAGCAACAAAUUUGAUACGGAAUUUCCCUCAGUUCUGACAGGGAAGGUGGCUCCAGAAGAAUUCAAGACCAGCAUUGGCCGUGUGAACUCAUGUCUGAAAAAGGCUCUCCCAGUCAAUGUGAAAUGGCUGCUGUGUGGAUGUCUCUGCUGCUGCUGCACCCUGGGGUGCAGCCUGUGGCCUGUUAUUUGUCUCAACAAGAGAACCAGAAGAUCAAUUCAGAAGUUACUAGAAUGGGAAAAUAACAGAUUAUACCACAAGCUUGCUUUGCACUGGAAGUUGACUAAAAGGAAAUGUGAAACUAGCAAUAUGAUGGAAUAUGUAAUCCUAAUAGAAUUCUUACCAAAAUACCCCAUAUUCCGACCUGACUGAGGAGUUUUGUUCGGUCACUUCUGUGUUUUCUGUCAUUUCCUACCCUUAGUGCCUUGUAGAUGAUCUUGGAAUGGAGAAGUCUCCUUUGCUGUGUUCAAUUUAUUCUUUAUAACAGUAGAAUAUUCUUCUCACUCUUUUAUUUGUGUUGAUUUAAGAAGGCAAUUUGCACAUCUUUUUUGUUAUUAAAUGAGGCUUGUGUUUUGCACUCUCAAUUUUUAAAUAAAUACACACAAACAUAUACAAUCAUAUGUAGUUGACACUAAAAACAUCAGUGCUGGUGUGUAAAGAAACAAACAAAACCCUUGUUCUGAGCAUGCUGCCUUAGGAUUUUCACACUCACCGUUUCUAAAUACGCGUCAUUUUCUAGGCUAUUUAAUGCUCUGUAAUCCCUUACUGGACACACCCAAAUACGCUUUUGGGAGCUUUUAGAAAUGGUUUUACUCUGCUUUUAAAGAACAUGCAAUUAAUAGCACUGGUUUCCUCCUGCACUUUGCUAAAUUGUCACUUAUGUUAGUGGAUAAAAUAUUUAAACUCCUAAAGACUUGUAAAUAUUGUCUCUUUGCAUAAUGUAAAAUGUGGUAUGCCAUGGUUUACAGGAUUAUUAUUAUUAAUGUAUUGCCAACAUGUCCACGUAGAUUUUGAUAUGAAGUUUGCAAGCAUCCUUUUGAAUGUAGAGACCUUUAACAUGCUGUUUUGUGGCAAAGCCAACAUGAGUAUGUUAAAUUUCAGGUGUGGGGCAAGAUUGCCCUUCCUAACAAAGUGGAUUAAAAUUGAAACCAUUAGUUCAGACCUUGUGAGUUACACCUGAGACCAAGAAUCUUAUUUUUUCCAUUUAAUUCACUGCUCUUCAUUUGUCCUCCAUUCCACCCCCUCAAAAUAGUUGACAUCUAACUCAUCUUAUGGCCGCGUUAGCUCUCAUUUCCUUUCCCCUAUGUGUCUUUUCCCUCCUUUGAAAAUACAUAGAAUUUCCCCUUUUAAGUGUCUUGAGAGCCAAUUCAUCCUGGUGCAGGCCUUUAAUCCCAGUACUUAGGAGGCUAAAGCAGUGGAUCUCUGAGUUCAAGUCCAGCCUGAUCUGCAUAAUGAGUUCCAGGACAUCCAGGGCUACACAGAGAAACACUGUCUCAAAAAAAAAAUCAAAAAAGUGUUUUGAGAUUUUUAAUCUUGUGAGAUAUCAAGGCCUCCAUGAAAGCCACAUUUUAGCCUGCAUUUUACAUUGAGAAAGAGUGCUGAGAAGCUGUAGCUAUGGACUAUGCAGUAGUCUAGUCAGAGCUGGGAAAAUAUUCUUAGCCUUCUGCUUGAGAAUCCUUUCUAAACAUUUUGAAAUUAUCAAUGAGGAAAGACAAGUAAAAUUUAGAUAAAAUUGUAUUCUGUUUGUAAAUUGAUCAUGUGUUUUGGUUGGAACAUGCAUCUUUCUCUCUUUUUUUUUUUUUUUUUUACAGUUAAAUUGAGUGAGAUUACCCCUCUGGUUCUACUACAAUUUGAAAUUAAAAUAUAACAAAAGUUUGAUAUCACACGAAUUCAACUGCAAGGGAAUGCCUGUAUAUGGGCAUUGUUUGUACUUGCCAUUACUGAAUACAUUCUCUUUAUCCUUCUUAACUGCUUUUAAGUCAGUUCAUUUUAUUGAACAGAACAAUCAUUUCUGCAUACAAGGUCAAGCCUUUUAAAGCCACUUUUAAAAGUUUUGCCUAAUCUGGAAUCCUUAUCCUUGACCAGAGGAGGAAAGACCAGUUUGGUGUUGUUCUAAUGGUUUGCACAAACACUUUUGGAGACCCAUCCCCCCCCAUGUCACCCAGCCACCCCAGAUCUCUAAAUUCUAGCAUAUUUAUUGUGUAUGCCUGCAAAUAUGUCUGCUUGCUGCAGGAUUGAAGGUGUAUUUUUAUAGACAAGAAGAAAGCCUCUGAAAAUGCAUACCCAAUGUCUUGUUUUAUAGCUAAGGUCAGGGAAAAUCAUAUCUAUGUUUUAUGUUGCAGCUAAUGUCAUCAGAUUUAUGCUUCAUACUGUGACAUUUAAAUACCAAAAUUGAUUUCCAUUCCAUCAUAAUACAAAAUCUUAAUCCUUACUGGUAAGAUAAUUCCUUGUGAAUGUCAGCCCUUGGCAAUCUUACAUUACGUUUUGAGCCUUAGAAUUUGACCAAGUAGUGAUCAUAGAUACUUUUUCUGCCGUGGACAAAUCACACUUCAUUUUGUUCAACAACACAAAAAACAAGAAGUGUAACGAAUUGUUUCCAUGAAACAGAUAUUGAAAUAGGAAUAGCUUGUAUCUGGAGGUGACCAAGUAUAAUUCAAGUUACAAUAGUAUUUGUCAUUAAAAAUAACAUUUUACAAUAUGUCAAUUCGAUUAGAACUACUCAUGUGUUAAUUGAUUAUUCAGUAUAGUGAUUGACUAAUCAUAGUUUCUCGAACUACACAGAAGACAAUCUGGCUUUUUUCUUUUCUUUGUUUCACACUGCUUCCCCGCCAGGGGGGUGAUUAGUUUGGUUGGGGAUGAGAUUCCUUCUUAGUGAAAUGAAUCAACAAAUGCUAAUGUGACGGAGUGCGCCUUGGUCUCUAAUUCCUCCCCCACCACACUGUUUUUCCCUUAGCCUCAGGAUAGAGUGUAACUUGUAUUUUUCCAUUGGGUUAACCAACUAUUUUGUGAAAGUUAUUUUUGAUUGAAAAAAAACAUAACUUUAAUUUCUUUGAUAUCCCUUUAUUAAAACUGCCAUGGUAGUUUCCAGAGGAAAAACAUUUUAAAAUAGCAUGUUUUUGCCAAAGCAUUUCAAUCUCACCAGACUUGGAGAUUGCAAAUUAAAAGACUUUUUUCUAAGUCACAUUCUGAAAAACCUGGCGUGCUGGUUUGCACUUUUAAUCCCACAAUUUCAGAAGCUAAAGCAAGAGAAUUGCCAUGAAUUGGAAGCCAGCCUGGGCUACAGAAUGAGACCCUGUCUCCAAAGAAAAGAAAUGAAAGAGCAUGGUUUCUGUUACUUCUCAUUUGGUCCAAGAUUCUGGCUUAAUAAAUUGAUUCAACUGGUCAUUUUAAAGCUUGUCCAUAAGGCAAGUAGCAUCUAUAUUAUUAAUAAAAACAUGGACAAAUGUCAUUAGCCGAAUAACUCCAUCUCAAGACAUGUCCUCUAUGUGUUCCCCUAAUUUAGGAAAGAGAUUAUUGUAACUUUAGAAGUAGAUGGGAAAGUGCCUUGACUUUUUCAAAGAUAGCAUGGUAUGUGGAAGAAAGCAGAGUGAAUGAAUUAUUAGAAAUUAUUCUUUUCAACUAGGCAUGAUAGCACAAGGUUAUUGAUUGCCUCUUAUUUAAGCCCAUUUACUUAUCUUCCAAACAUGAGAUACAUUAAUGACAAAAUAUCAUUGAAUAAAACUAUCAGUCACUUAAAAUUACUGUAAUUUUAAUGCUAGUAAGCAUAGAAUUCAACAUGGUUCUGGAAGGACAGUGGUCUUUGAUUAAAGACCCUACUAAAACUCAUAUAUUUCUUAUACUAGCAUGUUCUAUAAACACUAAUAUCUCAGAAUUUUAACUGUGUUCAUGCCUAGCAUUGCCAUUUUACUGAGAGUUAUUGUUGCCUUUGAUAAUUUGAGUAAAGCUCAAUAACAUUUGUAAACCUAUCAAGAGUUAGGUAUUUCCAAAUGUCUGUGACCUUGUAAGUCAUUAGCACUUUGAUUUUUGUUUACAGAUAAGCUGCCACUUAAAAAUUAAAGCACUACUUGAACAUGCAGACCCCAAACAAAAUUUCAUUUGAAUUUACUAUAUGCCCUAGGCAAAUAUAGAAUAUACUUACCUGAUUAAUCGGAACAAUUCAUAUAGUAGAAAUAUUUUUUUUUACUAAAUUAACUGGAAGUGUUCAAGUUCAUUGAAAUUAAGUCUAAAUAUGCCUAUAAAAAUCUGCUUCUUUUUAAAAAAGAAAAGAAAAAGGUCUAUUUUACAACUAUCAAGUCAUUCAGGAUCCCUUGAGUGGUGAACUGUUGGGAGGUUUUUCAUGGUGAAGAAUAAGUUUAUUAAUACUUGUUCAUGUACUUGUGAGCAAAAAUAAUUGAAAAUAUCUAUAAGUAUAUCCUUCCAUGUAUGUAUGUGUGAGUGUGUGUAUAUAUGUGUGUGUAUAUAAUCCUUACCUUGUUCCAACAUUUCCUUACCUGAUUCUGAGCCAGCCUUUUUAAUUUGAUGAUGGCAACCUGAGAAUAUGUUCCAUUUUCUGUGAAUUUUGUCGAAGUCAGACUUAAUGAAGAAACAAUCUAAUAUUGUGGCCCCCAGGCAAGUGACCUAAAGUACAUGUCAGUGUUUCCAUCUGUAAAAGGAGAGGGUUGAACCUUGAGCUGGACAACAAAAAAAAAAAAAAAAAGAGAAAUGAUCUAACACACCAUGGUUCUGAGAAGCCGUGGAAGAUCUUGACUGUGCAGACUUGGUGGAAACUCACAGUGCCUUGCGCAGUUUGAGUUCAGUUUGCUGCCUCGCUGCUAGUCGAUGUGUGUUAAUAAAAGCACACUCAAAGAACCAAAUCUCUGGUAGACCUAUCCCCUCUGUGCUGAGAAAAAUGAAUAGCAUUUCCCUAGGAAGCAAGGGCUGGGAUCUCUGUUUGCAUGUGGGAUACAACUAUGCAGUUGGUAUCCAGGCAAGAACUGGAGCUGUGACAACAGCAGACAUGGAAAAGUGUCCCCUUAAGAGUAUGUGAAGAGUUGCAUAUCCAAUUUCACAUCUGCUUCAGUCUCUCACCAAGUUCCCUACCCUCAACAAAAUCUAUUGGAAUGAAUUUAGAAAAUUAAGUGGAAAGGAAAAUGGCCUAGAGUUCAACCCCAAGUCACUUUUGGUUUAAUUUUUAGCUCGGCUGCUUAAUCCCUCUGUACCUCAUGUUCUCAUUGUUGAAGUGGGGACGACAUCUGGACCUACCUCACAGGGAUAUUGAAGGUCUUUUUCGUGUGCUCAUAUGCUUAGAAACUGACUAAAAGAAAUAUUGGAUCGAAUAAUUACAUAAUUUCUAAGGAGAUGUGGCUUUCAAUCCACAUUGUUGUUUUCUUUCUUGGUAACACCCUACAGAGUAAGUGUGUGCUUGAUUUAUUUUUUUCCAUAGUCACUUUUGUUGCCAAUACCCUAUUUGUUAAACAUGAAUGAUUGUACUAUAGUAAUACUUGAUUUAGGGAGAACAGGUGGGUGUAAACCAGUGGUUCUAGCUUGGGGCAGAUAAAGAGAGCAGUGGAAAGUAUCCUUGAGCCUUUUUCAAGAAUUAAUUCGGAAAAUAACACUAAAGGCCACACACUGACCUAUCACAUUCCUUCUCCACCAGCCGAACAAGACAUGGAAUCAGCAUGCAUUUUGCUCAUGUUCUUUCCUGUUCUGUCUUUCAACAUUACUUACCAACACUGAUCAGAAACUGUGAGCGGAAGUGUGCUUGUAUUUAAUGGAAAAUAGGAAGGCGUCCUUAAGUGUACUUUAAUAUGUACUUGAAAAUGGGGAAGGAAUUUAGAGAUUUAUAUAAUGAAAAAGUUGGGGGCCACUUUUCUAAAAGAAUCAGGAUUAUUUGACCCUCUCAACAUAUUGCUUCCUAGUUCCUGGAUGAUGGAGAGAGAGAGAGAGGGGGGGGGGAGAGGCAGAGAGAGAGAGAAGGAGAGGAGAGAGAGAGAUUGGGCUAUAAAUUCGAAUUAUAAUUUGCCCAGUUUUGGUUUGUUUCAGGAUUCUGAAACUGAACUGAUUCACUGAGGCGUGUCCAUGUACACACAGAGGAUUCAAAUGUGCAGUGUUCUGGUGUCAUGUUGGUCUAAAUGAUAAUUUCUCAGCCUCUUAAAAGUUUGUGUGAUGUCUGUGUGAUAAGCAAGGCAAUAAGUUCUCUAAUGUUCCUUUUACUCCUGCUUAUUUGAUUUGCUUUUAUCUUGGCAUAAUUUUCCUGCUUUUCUGUUUUAUUGUAAGCAAAUAGUUGGAAACUGUUUUAAUGCCUGGACUUUGGAACAAGUUUCAAAUGUUUGAAAUUAUAUAAUCUACAAGCUAGUUUGCCAUCCUUGGACUAACCACAUACAAGUGUGAAUCUCUACUGCAAGAACAGGACAUCCAGAUAGCUACAGAGCUGUCAUUGUUCAAAAAAAAAAUCUGGUUGAAAUAUAAGUGACUUCUACAUUUUGGCAGAGGAUUCCUGUUUGGACAGCUUUACCAGAAGAAAAUAACAGUGGAUAUGUCCUUCAAACCACGAACUUUCAUGCAUCUUGUAGUGUUAUGUAGCCUGUGGAAUGAAUUCCUCUUCCCCCUGGAGUCAAGGAUUGACUCCCCUGAAAGAACUCAACCUAUAUUCAGCUGUGCCAAAAUGAAGGAUACCUGCCUCUGAAACUUUCACUGCUGCUUCUGUCGUUGUUCAUUGUCAGAUAAAAUUUUAUUCUCAGGAUGCAAAAUUCCAAUAAAGUACAAAUCUAUGUUAAUUAAUUGAA